AAUAGCUUUAACCCACCACUACUCUCUCACUAACUUUCCUCACUCCCACUCAAAACCCUAACAAUGGCGGUUAUCUCCGGCACUCUCUUCAUCAUCCUCUUAACCUUCACUCUCUCCGACGCCAGACACCCCGGAAACUUCGCCGCUGGCUCCUGGCAAGCCGCCCACGCCACCUUCUACGGCGGCAGCGACGCCUCCGGCACCAUGGGUGGUGCGUGUGGGUACGGAAACCUGUACAGCCAAGGGUACGGUGUGAACACGGCGGCGUUGAGCACCGCAUUGUUCAACAACGGGCUGAGCUGCGGCGCGUGCUUCGAAAUCAAGUGUGCCGACGACCCACGGUGGUGUCAUCCCGGCAGCCCCUCCAUUUUCAUCACUGCUACCAACUUUUGCCCGCCGAAUUUCGCUCUACCAAGCGACAAUGGCGGCUGGUGCAACCCUCCUCGUACACACUUUGACCUUGCCAUGCCUAUGUUCCUUAAAAUUGCCGAAUAUCGUGCCGGAAUUGUUCCUGUGUCCUACCGUCGGGUACCAUGUAGAAAAGCUGGUGGAAUUAGGUUCACCAUCAACGGUUUUCGCUACUUCAACUUGGUUUUGAUCAGCAACGUCGCGGGUGCAGGUGAUAUCCAAAAGGUGUGGAUCAAAGGAACAAAAACCAACUGGAUGAGCAUGAGCCGAAACUGGGGGCAAAACUGGCAAUCAAACGCAGUCCUUAUCGGUCAAGCGCUCUCUUUCAGAGUCACUGCCAGUGACCGUCGCACAUCCACCUCGUGGAACAUUGCACCCGCUCACUGGCAAUUCGGGCAGACGUUCGCAGGAAAGAAUUUUAGGGUUUAGUUUUAGCGGUUAAGGAAUUAAGUAUGCUUUUAGUUUUUUAUGUUGUUGAUGUUGUUUGGUUGUUUUUUUUUUACUUUUAUCGGGGGUGGUGAAAGUUAAGGUAAUAUGUUUGGAAACGUUUUCAGUUUUCUGGACAUUUAGGUUAUAGUUAAGCUGAGGCGGCUGCAAAAGAAGGUGUGGCCCGCAGUAAUUCUGCUGCUAAAGGGGGUUUUAGUCAAAAAGUGGUGGCUUUGUUUUAGUAUUUUAAAAAUGAAUUAAGAAUUGUAUUUAGGGUUUGUGUUUACAUCUUGUAAGUCAAGUAACAAGAACUAGUUAAGCUAGACUUGGAUUGUAUUGAUCUAAUUGUGUUAUGGUAUGAUGUUACAUGUUUUCGAUAUUAUAAGAUAAGAAGUGUUAUUUUAUUUUA